AUGUGUGAUGCUGGCGGUUACCGAGCCCUGCGGGGGAGAAGCACAGGCCAACUCAAGGGCAGGCCCUGGGCAGCAGCCUUGGAGGAGUCCAGCUACGAGUACGGCUCCACGAAGUACCUACUGCUUUGCGGCCUGGGCGGAAUGCUGAGUUGCGGGCUGACGCACACGGCCAUCGUGCCUCUGGACCUGGUCAAGUGUCGCAUGCAGGUGGACCCCAGCAAGUACAAGGGCAUCCUGAGCGGCUUUGGCGUGACACUGCGGGACGACGGGCUGCGCGGCCUGGCCCGAGGCUGGGCCCCAACCUUUCUAGGCUACUCCAUGCAGGGCCUCUUCAAGUUUGGCCUCUACGAGGUCUUCAAAAUCCGCUACGCGGAGCUCCUGGGCCAGGAGAAGGCCUACGAAUGGAGAACCGGGCUGUACCUGGCCGCCUCAGCCAGCGCCGAGUUCUUCGCCGACGUGGCCCUAGCCCCGAUGGAAGCGGUGAAGGUUCGCAUGCAGACGCAGCAGGGCUAUGCCCGCACGCUCCGGGCCGCGGCCCCCAAGAUGUACGGCGAGGAGGGCCUGUGGGCCUUCUACAAAGGCGUGGCGCCGCUCUGGAUGCGCCAGAUCCCCUACACCAUGAUGAAGUUCGCCUGCUUCGAGCGCACGGUUGAGGCGCUCUACAAGUACGUGGUGCCCAAGCCGCAGAGCCAUUGCACCAAAAGUGAGCAGCUGGCCGUGACCUUUGUGGCUGGCUACAUCGCUGGCGUCUUCUGUGCCGUGGUGUCCCACCCUGCGGAUUCUGUCGUGUCCGUUUUGAACAAGGAGAAAGGCAGCACGGCCUUCGACGUUCUCCGCAGACUGGGGUUCAAGGGCGUGUGGAAAGGCCUGUUCGCCCGGAUCAUCAUGAUUGGCACCCUGACUGCCCUGCAGUGGUUCAUCUACGACUCGGUCAAGGUCUAUUUCAAAUUGCCUCGCCCUCCAGUCCCUCAAGCGCCCAAAUCCCGAAAGUAG